UUUUAAAUAACGGCCGUUACGUAACGUAACGGCCGAUACGUAACGUAAAUCAAGGACUCCGAAACCGAUCCGGGCCGAUAAUGCGGUUCGGAAAAAAUUCACAGCCGUAACGGCCGUUACGGCUCCGUAACGGUCCGUAACAGCCGUUACCCCUACGUUACACUCCGUAACAGUCCGUUACGGACCGUUACAUACCGACAACUUGCAGAAUCUGCUUUCUGCUGCGCAGCGUUCCUUUCCCCCUUUCCCGAGUCCCAAGCACCCAUCUACCAUUCAAUCUACCUAAAUCUAACAUUCAAAAACAAAAAUACUUACUUGCAGUUUUGUUGGCCGAGCCGCUGAAGCUAUAAGAUGGCUUCACGCCUUCACUCCUUUGAAGCCUGAGUUACUCAUCUUCGCAGCCUUCGUUUCCUGAAUCCUGAACCUAACAAAGUUCUUCGAAGCUUGAGAGUGGCCGAACGAAGGCAGCUUCAUCCGCCACCGCCAGUCGUCGCACUCGCCGCCACCAGCCAGCCCUCUACCAGUCGUCGGCGUCGUCGCACUCGCAGCCACCAGCCAGCCCUCCGCCAGUCGUCGCACGAAGCUUCGAGGCUUCGAGGCUCCUCCAUCCUCCGAGUCGCCUCCCCUCUCUCGGUCUCACUCAGAGUCUCAGACUCUCUGCCCUCUGCUCAUCUCGCGUAUGAGAUAAGCUUUAUUUCAAUAACACUCAACACCCACAACCACAUUUUAAAUAUUUUAUUAUGUUUUUUUUUUAAUUAUAAUUUAUUGUAAGUAAUGUUUGUUAAAUUAAAUUAAAAAAAAAAAAAGUAAUUUAAUAGAGUAAAAAGCUUUAAAAUUUCAGAUUCAUUUAAUAUGCAAGCAUGUCAUAUUCUGUUUUGAUUAACAUACUUUUAUUCAUUCUUUACGUAUUCUUUCUUUCCUUUUGGUUUCAUUGCAUAUAAAAUAUAUAUUAUUUUAAAAUAAAUGACUAUGACAUGGCAUUCCAAAAAUAUGGAGUGGACAAUUUCUCAUGUUCUAUUUCUAUGCAAUUUUAUAUUUGUGAGUAAAACAACAUUUUGCAUAAUUAUUUCCCCUAACAGCAUUUUUUUUGUUGUAAAUUAUUAUAUUCAUAUACAAUAUCAAUUUCAUUUAUAUGGUAUCGCAUUAACAUUUUUUGAAAGCUGACACCAUUAGAAAUAGACUAAUAGUAUUAUGGUUACAGACUUCCAAGAUACAACAUUAGUACAAAAAAUACUCUUUUCUAGUCUUAUGCCUUGCCUAUAGAUGCAGCUCUUGUUUUUUUUUUCUUUUCAAAGAUCAGAAAUCUCCCACAUCUUAAACUUUUUAUUAUGUUUUUUUUUUAAUUAUAAUUUGUUGUAAAUUAUGUUUGUUAAAUUGAAUUAAAAAAAGAGUAAUUUAAUAGAGUAAAAAAUCAAAAAAUAGUAAUAAUUAUGUAAAAUAAAAUUUUCUUAAUUUAUAAAUAUUUUAAUUGUCUUAUAUUUUUUGAAAGGUAAUUAGGAAAAUUUAGUUUUAUCACAUAUUUCCUAUUUAUAAAUAUUUUUUAAGUUUUAAAAUAUCAUUUUGACGUUAAAUUUAAAAUUAGGUAAAAUAAAUCGUUACAUGAUCUAUUUUUUGUUUUUCAGUUAUCAAAUAAAGUAAAAAUUGAUAACUUAAUAAAAAACAUUUUAACCUAAUAGUUAAUAUAUUAAUAAUUCAGAUUUUUGCUAAUUACUAGUUUACUACUGGAAUUUGUAGAAAAAUUUUAUUUUAAUCCAUAAAUUGAGAAAAUGCUUAAAAAAUUAAAUAGAAAAUUUAUACUGUAUGGAUCUCUAUUAGUGAUGCUGUGAUGUAUAUAAAAGUAGAGCAAGUUUUUUCCACCUUUAAAAUUACAAUGUUAAUUUCUUAUAGUUAUAAAUAAAAAUAAAAUCAAGUUAAAAAAAUAAUGAAAAUACCUUUUUAAAGAUAAAGGAAUAUAUUUUUUUGUAAUAAAAUAUCUAAUAUUUUAAUCCAUAUACUGAGAAAAUGUUUAAAAAAUUAAAUAGUCAAUUUGUAAUGUAUGGAUCUCUAUUUGUGAUGCUAUGAUGUAUAUGAAAGUAGAGCAAAAAUCUUUUUCACCUGUUAAUUUCUUAUAGUUAUAAAUGAAAAUAAAAUCAAGCUAUAAAAAAUAAUGAAAAUAUCUUUUUAAAGAUAAAGGAAUAUAUUUUUUUUGUAAUAAAAUAUCUAAUAUUUUAUAAUUUUGUUUAUUUAUAUAUAAAAAUAAUAAACAUUACUUAUUAUUUUUAAUCAAAUAUUAUACUUAUUUUUACGUAAUAAGUAUUUAAAAUUAGGACUAUUUAGUACUUAUUAUUUAAUAUUUACUAAAUUACUAAUUAUAUUAUUCCUGUCAUUGUAGGAAGGUUGUAACUUUGUAUUUUCUUUAUAUUUUGUGUAGAGAUCAUCAAAUUAAGUCUAUCAAUAUGUCACGUGAUAGAGGAAAUGAAAACUUACCUAGUGAAGAUAUUGGAUGGCAUUUUGGUACUGCGGUAGACGGUAAUAGACAUGUUAUUAUGUGUAAGUUAUGUGGGAAGAUAAUCAAAGGGGGCAUUACACGCUUGAAACAACACUUGGCACAUAAAAAGGGUCAAGUAGCUGGAUGCUCAAAUGUGACCACACAAGUAAGAGAACAAAUGAUGAAACAUCUACAACAGUAUGCUGAGAAGAAAAGAGAUAAACAAAAAAGGCAAGAAGAAGCAGAAGCCCAAAUUAGAGGAGAUUUUGAGAAUUUCAGCGAUGAAGAAGACUUGGAAGAAGAAAGUAUGAGAUUCGCUCGACAAGAAAGCAUGCGAUCACAACAACAAUGGGAAGAGAGACAAAGAUUUCGAGCAAGAACAACUGGAAGGGGUAAUAUUUAUGAAGAGGGAGGUGGCUCUGGCAGUGGUGCUACCAGUGGUUUCAAUAGAGCAGGAGCUCGAUCUUAUAGUGGUCGAGAAGCUGGAGGUAGUGGACGACAAUGGAUCAAUCCUGAUGCCCCUGAAGCUAGACUAAAGGCAAUGGAUCCUAUUUUAGAAAGAAGCAAGAGUGCGAAACAACCAAAACUCAACACAAAGUUACUGAAAGGUUUAAGAAGUAAAUUAGGAAAAGCGGUUGGAAAAUUCCUAAUUUAUAAUCGGAUUCCAGCGAAUGUAGCUGACUCUCCAUUUAUGCAGCCUAUGCUUGAUAUUGCUGCAGAGGUUGGAAAGGGGGUGAAGGGUCCAUCACCCUAUGAGAUAUCUGAAAUUUAUUUGGAGCAAGAGUAUCAAGAAAUGAAAAAUUAUAUAGCUUCUUUUGCUGGAAUUUGGAAGGAAAGAGGUGUAACACUUAUGUGUGAUGGUUGGUCAGGACCAACUAGAAAACACAUUAUAAACUUUUUAGUUUAUUGCGAUAGAGGCACCGUGUUUCAUAAAUCAGUUGAUGCCUCUGAUGUGCCAAGCAGAACAGCUGAAUAUUAUUUCAGAUUAAUGGAUGAGGUGGUUGAAGAAAUUGGAGAGGAGAAUGUUGUCCAAGUAGUGACUGAUAAUGAAGCUGCAAUGAAGGCAGGAGGAAAAUUAUUAAUGCAGAAGAGGCCCAAUCUCUAUUGGACAGCAUGUGCAGCUCAUUGCAUAGACCUUAUUCUUGAAGAUAUUGGUAAGAAAAGUAACGUGAAGAAGGUCUUAGAAGAUGCAAGAACAAUAACCUCAUUUAUUUACAACCACACAUGGACAGUGAAUUUCAUGAAGAAAUUCACAAAUAAUAGAGAGUUACUUCGCCCUGCCAUCACUCGAUUUGCCACAAAUUUCAUUGCUUUGGAGACUAUUGUCAGGCAUAAACAAGCACUAAGGGAAAUGUUUACAUCUGAUGCUUGGAAAAACUCAAGGUUUGGAAUGGCAAAAUCAGGCCCAGCAUAUGAUUCGAAGAAAAUUAUCUUAGGCAAAGAGUUUUGGCAAAAGGCCUCUGAUAUAAUUAAAGUGCAAGAACCCUUGGUGAAAGUUCUUAAAUUGGUUGAUGGUGAUGAAAAACCAACCAUGGGCUUCAUAUACGAGGCAAUUGAUAGGGCGAAGUUGGCCAUUCAAAAAGAUUGCCGGUUUUACAAAGACUAUUGGAAAAUUAUUGACAACCGGUGGAGUUUUCAGUUGCACCAAGAUUUGCACGCUGCUGGGUAUUUUUUGAACCCACAAUUUCUUUAUGGUGCCCCACCCUCUCCUGAAGUUGCUAGAGAAGUCAUGGAUGGAGUUAAAAAAGUGAUAACCAAGUUGGUACCCGAUAUAGAUACUCAAAUUCGGGCUAUUAAUCAAUUGUUGCUAUAUCGAGAUAGGCAAGAGACUUUUGGAACCCCGUUGGCUCAAAGGGCAGUAAAACAAACAAAUCCUGCUGAAUGGUGGAUUCAUUAUGGCUUGUGUGCUCCUGAGCUCCAAAGAAUAGCAAUUAGAGUUCUUAGCCAGACCACAUCAGCUUCGAACUGUGAGCGUAAUUGGAGCACCUUUAGCCUCAUCCAUACGAAAACAAGAAAUAGAUUAAAGUACAUGAGACUACAAAAACUUGUUUUCGUACAUUACAACAUGAGGUUAAAGUUAAGACGUACAAUGAGAAGAAGCCAACGAGAAAUUGAAGAGGGUUUCAAUCCUAUCAAUUUGGAUUACAUUUUCGAAGAAGAUGAUCCUUUAAGUCAAUGGUUAGAGGAGAGAGAGACACCACUACUCGACGGUCAGGACAAUUCAAAUUGGUUAAAUGAAGAGGUUGGUGGUACUACAGAAGGAGGUGAUCAACCACCAAUAAACGCGCAUGAUGAUUCAAGUUCAAGUCCUGAACGCACACAAAGUGAUGACAAUCUUGGUUUGAGCCCACCAAGUGAUGAUGAUGGUAAUAGUGGUGCUGGAGCUGGGGUUGGGGGGGGUGGCAGUGGUGGUGGUGGAGGCGGCGGUGUAGAAUAUAAUUAUGGAUAUGAUACAGGGACAUCAUUUGGAAGGGAUAUAUAUCCUUCUGAUCCUUAUGGACUACAUGACAUACCUGAAAAUUAUGACUUGGGUAUUCCUCCAGGGAACCAAUCUUCACAACCCAGGAGAAGGAGUGCUCGUGGUGACCCUAGCGAUUCUACUGAAGAUUCAUAUGGUGUGGUUCGUAGUUUUGGCGACUUUGGUUUAGAUGGUUCAUCAUCACAAUCAUAUGGAUCUCAUCCAGCAUAUCCACAUUAUGCAUCUCGUGACUCACAUUUUUAUCCCAGUGGAUCAGGAAUCUCAGGAUCUAGUGAGUCUUCUUCUACACACUACCCAGAGCCAGCCCCUGCCCCAACUUAUAGACAUUAUUCAGGAGAAUUUUCAUCACCAGUACAUUUUCAAGAGCAACAACAAAAUGACGCAAACUUGGGUUCAUUUAACUAUGUAUUUCCACAAGGAUGGGGAGAUAAUUUCCCAUCCCAAUCUCAAGAUACAGAUGCAAAUUAUGAAGACCCUCCACGUCAUUCUUUUUGGUGGUGACAUGAGUUAUGUUAUAAAUUUGUAAUAUUGUAUUCAUGUAUUUUCAACUAUUUAUUGAUAUUUGAUAUUAAUCACUUUUUAAAUUCAUGUAUAUGUAAUCACUGUAAUGUGUAUAUUGAGUAUUAAGUCUAUUGAGUAUUGAUUCAUUUUUAGUAA